AACAACCUAUUGAUUGCGUGUUCAUGUAGUUCAAGUGGAUUGUAGUCGCAAGUAGUUCACAUGCAGCCUUCAAAGUGCACGCGAGGGGAGGUCUUGCUGCAUAUUACAAAAUCUGAAACUUUAGCCAUUGGAUAUUCUGUGACCGCCCGAACUCUGUUAACAAUGACAUAUAGACCGAAGGUCAUUGACGUCAAGUUUUACAGGUGUUUAAGUAUUGACUCGGCACAUUAAACAAACCCAUUUAGUGCAGAAGUUGCAGGCAGUAUCACCUACACUCUUUGUUAAGUUCCUCCUUAUUGCUGUUUGCUCUUAGGACUUUAGACACUUUGCUUUUUACAAAUUUAUUUAUUAUAUUUCUGCUUUUCUCUAAAGAGCCUAACAAAGCUGCAGAAAUGAGCACUUCUUCAGCACCCAAAAGUGCCAAGGUUGUAGUGGUAGGUUCAGGCUUUGCAGGUUUGGCUGCUGCUUCAACGCUGGUCAAAGCAGGAUUUCAAAAUGUCCUGGUAGUUGAAGCAAAGGAAAGAAUUGGAGGGCGAGUCCACACCACCAAACCGUUCACUGAGAAUAUAAUUGAAGUUGGGGCUAAUUGGAUUCACGGACAGAAAGGAAACCCCCUUUUCCGGAUUGCAAAAGAACAGAACCUGCUCUCGGAGGGACCAUCAGCAAGCAAGAUCAUGUGCCUGCCCCAUUCGGUAACCCCUCGAGAUUACUUUUUCAAAGAAGAUGGAAAGCAGGUCUCCACAACGGUUGUAGAUCCAGUGAGUUCGCACUUCAGCAAGCUCACCGCCAAAGCUUUUGAUGAUGCUCUUGAACGCAGGCACAGAGACCUAACUCUGGGAGGUUAUUUGGAUGAUGCAUUUGGGGAGUCACCUUUAGCAGCUGCAAAGGAUAGCCAAAAAGUUUUCGAAUGGUGCAAGAGAACAGAAUGCACAGAUGAAGCCUGCUCUUCUCUCUAUGAGGUGUCUGCCUCGCAGAUUAGUUAUUACACUGCGUUAGAGGGAGGUUUCUUUAACACUUUGGGACCGGGUGGCUAUCGGGCGAUCUUAGAUGUUCUCCUAAAAGAUCUUCCUGCGGGAACUGUCAAGUGUAGUGCACCGGUGAACAGCAUCCAGUGGGAUUUGGUUAAAAAAGGGAAGCAUGGAGGGCAGAAGUAUCCUGUUCGGAUCAUCUGUGAAAAUGGAGAGAGCUAUGAAGCGGACCAUGUGAUUGUCACAGUAUCUUUGGGGGUCCUCAAAGACAAAGCCAAAACCAUGUUUGAGCCAUCCUUACCAAAAUCCAAGCUGACUGCAAUUGAGAAUCUCGGCUUUGGGAUAGUGGACAAAAUUUUCCUGUAUUUCGAGGAAAGGUUUUGGCCAGAAGACUGUGCUGGGGUUCAGCUUGUGUGGGAUGAGGGCCCUGAAGAUAAAGUCGUUUAUCAGUCUCUGCUAAAAGGAGAAUCCUGGAAGAAGACUUGGUUCAAGAAGAUCACCGGGUUUGAUACGGUGGCACGUCACCCCACAGCUCUGUGUGGCUGGAUCACUGGUAGAGAAGCAUUAUACAUGGAGACGCUUCAGGACAGUGAAGUUGGAGCUAUCUGUGUGAGGUUGCUAAGGUCUUUCACAGGCUGGUCAAUACCAGAAGUCUCAAAGACACUGAUCUCCAGAUGGGGUUGUGAUUCUCACGUCGGUGGCUCCUAUACGUUUAUUCCUCAUGGUGUUGAUGGAGUGAAAGCACACAAGGCAUUGGCAUCACCUCUUCCACCUAAAGCUAAAAGCAGAGGGAGGAAGCAUCUACAGGUGUUGUUUGCUGGUGAAGCUACACAUGUGAACUUCUACACCACAACCCAUGGAGCUUACCUGACUGGGGUCAGAGAAGGGCAAAGACUCAUCAGCCAUUAUUCUGGUUGAACAGUAUAAUCCUAGAGAGGAGAAUAGACACUUUGGUUUCAUGAAUAUAACAUUUUAUGAGUGUAUACCAUUUUAUAGUCUUGCUCUCACACCCUAGACUUACACAAGUUUUUAAAUGAUCCACAGGAAGUUUAUAGCUGCCUGUAAAACAUAAAUAUGAGUGUUUACAUUCAACUGUACAACGCAUAUUUAUAUCCUGUUAAUUGUUAAACAUAACCUCAGCUACAUGAUGUACAUGCAGUUUUGAUGAAGAAAUGUUCUUGAAUAAUAUUCUCAUUCUAUAAAUAAAUGAUAAAAAAAAUAAAAUGGAAAGUUGACUGCAGUUGUAUUAAAUGGUCUCAAAAUCGGCUGAAUUGAUCAGAAUUAAAUGUAAUCUGAUAAUCAGAUUAGAAUAAAAAAAAAAUAAUUCUAUCUAAAAUUUGAAAAGUUUUCAUUGAAUAUUAUAAUUAUUAAACACAAAAGAACUUUAAGACCCCUUUAUGUAAGUUAGAGAUUCUAUAUUGACCAUAUUUAAAGAUGGAAAAUAAAAUUGGUCUCUAUAAAAUGUGUAGGUCUUAUGGAAUAUGGUCUGUAAUGAAGCAUUACAGUGCCUUUUUAAAACAGUAGAAAAUAAAAACAAGCAUGGUGUGAAUUCAAAUAAGGAAAAUUUACAAUAGUUUGCAAAUUUCCCAAAUAGAUUUUUUUUAUAAGUAAAAUUAUAUUUAUUUAUGGU